AACAUAGCCUAUUCGGAUCGUUCUCCAUAAAAGUUUGAUUUUAAUUUCUGUUGUAAAAUGCCACUAGUUGUGAUUACGGGGCUACCGGGCAGUGGGAAAACUUCUCGAGCGAAAGAGCUGGAAAAAUAUUUCACCGAGCAUGGAAAGGGGCCGGUUCAUGUGGUCUCGGAAUCUGAAUGCAUUGCAAGAGCCGGGUAUGGUGUUAAGGAAAGCUUCACCGACACCGCCAAGGAGAAGCAGAUUCGGGCGGCUCUAAAGUCCGAAGCCAUGAAACUUCUGAGCAAAACAACGCUCGUCAUUCUCGAUGGCACGAACUAUAUCAAAGGGUAUCGUUACGAGAUUUUCUGUGCCAGCAAAAACGCCAGGACGACACAAUGUACGCUCCACUGUGCCAUGACAAUUGAGCAGCGGCAGCAACUGCGAGGAUUGAUUGCAGGCCAAUCUGCGUCCGAUAGUAGCGGGAUGCUUGAUUGUGAAACUUUUGAUGCACUCUGUCUGCGGUACGAGGAACCACAGGGCUCGAAUCGAUGGGAUCGUCCCUUGUUCACCGUUUAUGCUGACGAACAGCUGAAUUUAAACCAAAUAGAAAGCGCCCUGUACGAGCAAGCUCCCCUACCACCCAAUUUGGCGACACAGAAUAUGCCUUUAAGUGCCACCAAUUUUCUGUUCGAGCUGGAUAAAACUACACAAACGAUUAUCGAUCAGAUAGCGUCUGCUAGAAAAAUCGGCUUGCAAGGUCCGGUAGAGAUACCGCAGGCGGGCAUACGAGCGGAUGUGCCACCCAAUAUGAGCGUGGCGCAGCUUAACCGACAUCGUAGACAAUUUUUGAACUAUGUAAAAAUGCAUACCAACGUCAGCUCAGACAUAACAAAAAUACCUGCGAUUUUUGUACAAUUUCUCAAUACCAACACAAAUGGUGUUUGAAAUAAAGUGCUGUGACGCUUA